AAAGGUCUGUACAUAGCAAACAAUGUGGACAGGAAGGAAGACUAAGAUAUGCUUAGAUAAGUGUUUCAAAUUCAUUUUGAGGUUAUAAGAGACUUUUUCUGUUUCAGUAACUUAAAACAGCUGUAGCUGAGUAGCUAUUGAAUGAUGGAAAGACCCAUGUAAUUUUUGUCCUGUAACCCAAAGCUGUAACAUUUAAGAUGUAGAUAAGCCAAUAGCUGUUUGCCGUUGAUGCAUAUACAGAUCUUAAAUUCAUAUGUCACUGUACUUAAGUGUGUAUUAGCUUUGUUUCAUACUGUGUGGGUGAAAUUUGAACAGCUGUUUUCUCCAAAUGUUGAUAAGAAGUAGAUAAUAAGCUAGUGUGAACUCUUAAAUCAAGUGAAGAUACACAAAUUGGUUAUUCUGGGUUGCUCAAAACAAGGCAGAGGUAAUUAUUCAGCAUUGAUUAAUUACAAGGUAGUGUGAAUACACUUAGAACAAAAAAGUGUUGACUCUUUCUUGUAUUAAAGAAAUUCCUCUGAAAGCAAGGAGUUCAAGAAGCACAAAAACUAUCCUCUCACCCACCCCCAUGAUGGAAGGGGGGAUCUCCAGAAACGAGGCAUGAGUGGUGAGGAACCUCAGGAACCCUUGCUGGAUUUUUGAUGUUCAGUAUAAAGUCCUUGGAAAUGGCCAUUAAAGGAGCUCAAUUUCUCUGUAGUUAGUCAUAUUACUAGUAACCUAUAUGUCAUUUGGAAAAAAUUAAACAAGACGGACGACUAGGCUGCACUGUAAUGAAGAUCUAGGGUGUUCUGGUUUUGUUGAGGUUUUUUAUUGGUUGAGGGACAAAAGUUAAUUACUUAUACACCAAGGAAAGAUUCAACAUUACUAGCAGAAGAAAGAUGUCUUGCUUAUUGCUGAAGGCACAUACAACUGUGGUCAAAAAUGGAUACCAGAACACAUAGCAUGAGCAAAGUAUUCUGUCAGUCAGUAGACUUCACCUGAAAUAAGUGUGUUGUACAGCUCAUGAGUAAGAAUUCCCCUAAAGUAGAGGGGUUUGAAGAAGGGCAAUAAAAUGAGUAGGAGAAAGUUUCUGCUAUGAAGCCACUGGGAGGACCAAGGCUUUAGUUUGAGUCUUCAAGAAAAAUAAUACUGUGAAGCAAGUCGGAAAGUAGAACUCUUGUUCUGUCUUGUAGUACAAGAAUAGGGGGACAAGUUAAUGAAGCUGAAUUGGAGUUACAUUUAGACUGAAUCGUUAUGCUCCAUGCUCAGAAUUUGAGCUCAUUCAGAGAUGAGGGUGGAACCUGAAGGGACAGACUGUCCUCAUGUCUGCAUCUUUUAAGAGCCUUUUGAUUUCUGCAGAAAUAUCUGGUAUUGGCUGGUGUCAGAGGGCAUUAAGAAAGAUGGGCUUCUGGACUGAUCCCAUCUGAGUUAAAGUGCCAGUGUCUAAGCUAUUAAGAGGAUAGAAGAUGGCUUCCAUGUGUGAAACAAUGCAUUUGAAUAUGCAAGGUCUCGUCCAGGGGAAUGAUCUUGUCCUGAGGGAAUUGCAUUCUAAAGCAGUAAGGGAUGUUACCAAUGAGCGUAUGAAUUUCUUAAUAGCUGUCCUUCAGUGCUGAAGGUUUGCCAUAUGAGGAAAUGAGGGACUGAAAUAUCUUCUGAUCUUGUAACUUGCUGAUAAGAUGUUCAAAAAUAAUGUUGUCAGUUAAGUGAGCUUUGAUACUAACCUACUGAAGUGACAUUCAGAUAUUGCUGUUAAACUCCAAAAGCUGUUAAGCAGCUACCUUCUAGUCAGUGUUUUCCAGUGUGUGAAGCCUUUUUGUCUAUAGUGUUUAUACACAGCCUCUUGGUUUGGAGCCUGAGCACUGAAGUCCAGAGUCCUUCAAAGGACCUUCAGUAUUUGUAAAGCUUAAGAUGAAAGGGAAAUAAGCAAGCAGUUCUGAAAUUUGCCCUGUGUGUCACUUUAUUUUGCAUAAAGGAGCGAUUUGGUUGUACAGAACUAUCUCUACUUUUUGCUCUUAGAUAAUAACCAUUCAGACUUCAAAAGGGCUUUUAUUGGCCUAAAUCACAGGGUAGCAGGAGCUAAAAAUGACCUAAAACUCUACUAGAAACAUUCUCCUGAGAGCCUGAAAGCAUAUAUAAAUGUGUGUAUACACAUGAACAGAUAGGUAUGUGUAAAUGUAUAUAUACAUGUGCACAUAUACACACAUACAUGCAAAAAUCUAGCCGGACUCUAGCUACCUCAGUUCACUGUGUAAUACUAAUGGUGUCUCAGAUGCAGCAGAAAUACUUUUUCAACUCUUCACUAAAGUAAGGUCUGACCAGGCUAUGUGUUGUUCUUGCCCAUUAUUCUUUGUCGCUCUGCCCCCAAUACUCUGUAUUUUGGUAACCUUUUCCUGGCAAAGAAGGUUAGAUGCUGUUUGGGCAGUCGGUAUGUGUUGUUUGCCAAAGCGAGCUGUACUUAGAGCAAGGUUAGAAGGGUAUGGGCAAUAAGAGGGACAAGGCAAAGGGGAGAGAUUAGCUUUAUUUUGAGACGUGGAAGUUCCCAGUGAGAAAAAUGGUGAACAUAGGUUAUGCAAAUAGCCUGUGGCUUCACUGAACCAACAGCUGGCUUCUGAACAAAAGCUGAUGUGAUAUGCUUUUUCAGUAUUUUCUUUGUUAGUUUUUGCAAUGGCAAACCACAUAAUGACAGCUAGGCAUUCAAGGUUCAAGACAGUUUUUUCUUGGAGUGGAAGGUGUAUUUUUGAUGAAGUGUUGCUUUGGUCCUGUAAUCAUGCAGAGAACAAAUAGUCACUAUGUGAAAAAAUGUCCUUCAUAGCCUAAUGUGGAUCAUAGAUGGAUGGGUCGUGAGGAGAAAUUUUCCCAGUGGAGUGAGUUAUGAUGCAUUAUUGAUCUCUCAACAAUUAGAAGGCUUCGUUUCUUUCUGCUAGGACAGUGGAAUUCAACCUGUGAUCCACAAGGCUGCUGGGGUUUUGUGUCCUGUUCCUGAAGACUCAAUAGUGAGAAACAGUGAGAAAAGUAAACUUCUUGCUGGUAGAAUUCAAUUCCAUAGGUGCAUACACCUUCACUGGAAAUUUUAGGGGGCUACAAGAUUGAAAAAAAUUUGAAAAACACUGAUGAGUCAUGAGAAAGCCAGUUACAGCUGCCAGACAAAUGUUUCUGCCAUUGAAGUAGCUAUGGAUUUCUGCAGUAUUUUUUUUCCCCUGCUCUACUGUAAGGUCAGUCAUUUUUUCUUCCAGCCUGUUCUUUGUCAUAUAACGAAAAUUCUUCCCUCCCUCCACUUUGAUCCUUACCUGAUCAGAGUACAGAAGUGCAAGGCUCUGGUAACCUGAACACAAAAGUGUCAUCUCUUUUUAUGUAACCUUGAUGCUGAAGGGCUUGCUUAGGUGCUCAGUGCAGUGUUGCAAACUUACGUUGACACUUCUGCCCAAGAAAAAUCUGCCCUGAGUUCAAUAAUGGAACCAGAGAACUUUCUAGUCCUAACUAUAUACUUAUGUUUAUCUUAAUAUAAAGUAAUUAGUAGGCAACUUCUGGGAGCAAGUAAGACCUGUCUCUAGCAAGUUGACAGACUGAUUUAGCAGGGCCUUUUCUGUAACUUAAGGAGUGAUCACACAGCAGAAGCGCACAUUUAAAAAUAGCACUGUAGACACUGCACACAAAGAUUAUGUAAUAGGAUUUUUCUGUCAUAGUUACUGUGAUCUGAGAUAUUUAUUUCAAAAGACAUAAUCUGACGUAGUUCACAGCCAUGGAAUGCAAAACUGAUACUUGAAGAGUAGUGGACAAUUAGUCAACAAUUAAUGGCACAUAAAAUACUUCAUGGAAAAUAGUUUCUGUAAUUUUAAAAUUAAAAACUAAUAAGAAAAUAGAUCUAAGGCUAACAGGUCAUGAGUUUGUUCACUUUUAGGUAAAGCAGUAAUUUUCAAACAAUAUACAUUCAUGAGUAUCUAGAAAAGUCUUUCUAGAUGGAUCCUAACAGAAGCAGGUGACCUCCUGUUUUCAUUCUUUUAAUCUGAGGUACUGUGUUACAAGAUGUACACUACUAAUGCUGGCCAUGCUUGCAAUGAAUAAACAAGGUGCCAAUUCACAGAAUCUGAAGCCCCUUCGGACAGCUCAUGGUAACCUCCACAGCUGUAGCUUAGGCUUGCCAUGUGCCUGGCUCAGGGUACUAGCCCACUAGCCCUGGGGCAUGAGGCAGCAGCGGGAGGCUCUGAGCAUUAUGCCAGCUUCUCUUACUGCUCAGCCUCCCAAGGGGCAGUGCCUGUCUUGGGCAGCUUGAAAUGUGAAGUGUUCCUGCCCGUGCCAGGGUGAUGGUCAGCACCCAGGCAUUGGUGCCAAAGGGCAGGAUCCCUGAGAUGCAGACGGGCUGGUGAGAGCAUGCACUUCCUGCAGCUGAGAGGGAUAAGGGCCACGUGGCAGGUUGGACUUCAUCCCAGACGUGCUUUCACUGCUGAAAAGAAAGUUGUGAAGAGUUCCCAAAAGACAACAGCUGUGGCUAUGUCAAAUCCCAGCGCUACGUGCCAAAACCCCAGUGCACGUAGCUGUGCCACACAGGAGAUCCUGUCUUACCGCAGCAAUCCAGAUUGCUGUCAUAUAGCUGUGUCUUGAUGGAGCUGUUCCCUAAAUCAGGGGUGGCAGCCAAGCGGUAGGUGUACCUGUAAGCUCUCUGUUCCUAGUGCUCUGGCAAGCACAAACCUUUUGUUAUAAAUACCUGACCCGCCAAAGGUAGGUUCGGAAAUCUUUUCUUGUGAGGCAAGGUCAAAGAGCAAAAACCGCAGCACUGGGCGCGUAGUCAGAGGCGCGCCAAACAGGUUCAAAUAUGAUCUACUUCUACCAUUGAGGUUGCACCAGCCAUAUACAUAUUCCUUGAAAUGAUUUAAAGAACUCCACCCCCACUGCGCUUGUGCUUUUCAGUCGUUGGGGUUCCUCUGGUGGUCGUGCAGGGAUGAAGUCAGCUAUCUUCCUCGUGGUGAACUUUGGACCCGAGCAGGGCAGCUUGUUACCUGUCUAGCACAGCACUUAGCGAAAAGCCAAUCUCUAUUUGUUUGUUUCUCACACUUUAGAAGGGUCGUGAUGCGGGAAAAAGGCCGUUUAAGUCAGUGAUGUAAUAAAGGCACCUUGUUGUAGGUAUGUAGCAGCUGUGGCGUAGGUAGGCUUUAUGCUUUUAUACGAGGUACUCUUAGUUUGGCUUUAAUUACUGAAGGUAGUGGAAGUGAAUUCCUCCCUGAUUCUUUUUUUUUUUUUUUUUUUUUUUUUGUAGGUGUGCAUGUGUAUAGCUGUAGUAGCUAUAGUAAGGUGCAUGCCAAGAAAGGGCGCCAAGGAAUGGUGUGUCCUGGUAACCAGCUGGGAGACUAGUAUUUCUGUGCUUUUUCAUUUCAGACCCCAAGCUUUUCUGAAUACUCUUUUGAGCUGGAAUAGUCUUUUCCUAAAAUUACCUGUUAAUAAGAAAAGUGAGCAAAGCAAAAGCCAGCCUUUGAGCUACUAAAACAGUUUUCUCCUUUGUGCUCUAACGAAAUGAUCCCUUUCCUCAAUGCAAACAUCCGUGACAUGGAGUGUGAAGCUGACCUGGGGCCUUCCUCGCCAUAUCUGCUCAGGAGAAACACACAUUAAUUUGAAAAUGCUUGUGGUGAGCCAGUUUUUUUGUUCCUCCCCGCUAGAGGUUCUGUAGGUGCUCAAAGAGGAGGGGGUGGAUGUUUCUAGGCAACCUUUCAGGCCCCUGAAAGGUCAACAGGCGGUUUGUGACCUCAGGUGGUUCCAUGGGGGCGGGGCCCUUCCAGGCCCCAUCCCCUCACUAUGCGCCACCACCGGGCAGCAGCGCUGCAGGUGCUGCUGGUGUUCCUGGGCCUGGCGGGGUGCCUGGCCAUGCCAGGGGACCUGUCCGGGGAGCUGCGUGUCACGGCCAUGUGGAUGACGGUGCCGAGGCAGAUGAGCCCCCGCGCCGGCACCGACCCCCUGGCCGUGGCCUACUGGCUGGAGGUGGCGGGGCAGCCACAGGUACUGCGCGUGCGGCCCAGGCGGGGCCUGGUCUCCCAGCCCUUCACCUUGGUCACCUACGGCAAGGACGGGGCCCCCUGGGAGGAGCACCCCUUUGUGCACGACAACUGCUUCUACCAGGGCGAGGUGCAGGGGAGUCCUGGCUCCCUGGUGGCCCUUGCCAACUGUGGCAGCGGCCUCCGCGGUGUGCUCUGGAUGGAGGAUGGCACCUAUGAGAUCGAGCCCAUCCCCCAUGAUCCAGCCUUCCGGCACAUCCUCUACCGCAUGGAGGCGGCCAACGACCCCUGGCACCCUACCUGUGGGCUGACCCUGGAGGAGCUGCAGCACCAAAACACUUUGCUGCCCUGGUUCAGGGUCCCCCAGGCAGAAGAGGGGGAGAUGCCGAAGGACUGGUGGACGCACGCCAGGUAUGUGAAGCUGGUAGUGGUCGUGGACAACAUGCGGUUUGUGAAGUCGGGCAGGAACGAAACCGAAGUCUUGAAGCAAGUCAUAGAAGUCAUCAAUAUUGGGGAUGCUCUUUAUAAACAGCUUUCUGUCCGGCUGUUUCUUGUCGGAUUGGAGAUCUGGAGCAAAAGCAACCUUAUAAACGUUACUAACUCUAUCAAAAAGACACUGGGUGACUUCAACAAAUGGCGAAAGUCAGACCUGUUUCCACGGAUGCGCCAUGAUACCGCUCACUUAUUUGCAUUUCAGAACUUUGGAGGGAGCCUGGGAUUGGCAUUUGUAGGGUCCAUCUGUGACAACCAGUGGUCGUCAGCAGUUGUGUCCUUCACUGAUAGGAAGUUGUCCUCACUUGUUACCACGUUUGUCCACGAGCUGGGCCAUACUCUUGGGAUGCGCCAUGACAAACAGGGCUGUAAAUGCAGACGGAAGAAAUGCAUUAUGUACGAAAACAACGCCGACACCGAUGCGUUCAGUGACUGCAGUUAUAAAGACUACUUUGACCUGCUUGGGCGUGGCGCUGCCUGCAUUCGUCAACCACCAGCACCCGGUACUCUCUACACCAUGAAGCGUGAAUACUGCGGGAAUAAGAUAGUAGAAAGCGGAGAGCAAUGUGACUGUGGUUCAGAAGCAGACUGUAGAAAGGAUCCUUGUUGCCACCCGAACUGUACAUUUACUGCAGGUUCAGUCUGUGCUUCUGGAAAAUGCUGCAAGAGCUGUCAGGUCCUUCCAGCAGGAACACUCUGCAGAGCAAGUACUGGUGACUGUGACCUGCCAGAGUAUUGCAAUGGGACUUCCCCGCAGUGCCCACUGGACAUGUACAUACAAGAUGGAACCCCUUGCACAGAUGGUGCUUACUGCUAUCGAGGAAAAUGUCCCUCCCACAGUAAACAGUGCCAGCGUCUCUUUGGCAAACAAGCCAGGGCAGCCCCUUUAGAUUGCUUCAAAGCAGUGAAUACUGUAGGCGACCGGUUUGGGAACUGUGGUAUUCGUGACAAUAUCCACUUUACAAAAUGCAGUAUUAAGAAUAUCUUAUGUGGUAGGGUCCAGUGUGAAAACAUAGGGACAUUACCUUUCUUGCAGAACCAUGUAACGCUAGUCCAAACCCCUGUUGGACAUAAAAAGUGUUGGGGUCUCGACUAUCACGUAGGGAUGCCAACGGCUGAUGUGGGAGCUGUGGAAGAUGGCACACCAUGUGGUAGUGACAUGCUUUGUAUCAACAGGACAUGUACCAGCAUAGCAGUGCUGAACUACGACUGUAACGUGACAAGGUGUCAUAACAGAGGAGUGUGUAACAAUCAUAAGAACUGUCACUGCAGGUAUGGCUGGGCUCCUCCAUAUUGUGAACAAGAAGGGUUUGGAGGCAGCAUUGACAGUGGACCCCCUCCAGCCAGGAGGAUUUCCCAGAGAGUGAAAACAGGAAUCACAAUACUUGCUCUUCUUUCCCUCUGUAUCUUUGGACUAACCCUUACAAUAUGUUAUAAAUGGGAAAGAGUGGGAUGGCUCAGGAGGAGAUAGGCCCACAGAAGAAGACAGUUGUUUAAAAUACUGGAAAAGCCAGCAGUCCCUGAAGGAGAACGCCGGCCGGCGAGUCAAAAUCCAUCACAAAGCGCUUGCUGAAGACCAACAAGCAGUAGCUUCGGGUGCUCCUGGAGAAACCUUCUUUGAGCAGAGCCAGCUGAUAACUCAUCAAAAUAACGCAGCACGUUCUGAAUUGCUCUAAUCUGAUGUGAUAUCAUUAAAUGCAGAGUAAAUGUUAUCUUUGAGUAUUUUAAGUUAAGAAACGCAGGCAGUAAGGCAUGCUCUUCUUUGCACCUUGAGCUCUUUAAACUGAAGCAGUAGGUAAUCUGUUAGGUAUAGCUUCUAUGCUUCAUAUCAACAGUUUACAAAUGUAAACUUCUUAAAACAGGUGUAAAUGAAUUAUUUCUUCCAAUGUACUCCACCUAAUGUUUUCUCUCAUUCAGGGGGAGAGGUGUUUGUGAGCAUCCUGCUUCUGUCGUUCCUUAAUAAACAAAAAGAGAAGAAAAUUGCUCUUGCAGCCUCCAUUUAUUUCCCAUCUGUGGCAUGCAAAGGUAUUAGCAAGAAGCAGGUAUUGCAGUGAGAUGCUGCAGGUGUCUGUGGCAUAAGCCCUUCCAACUGUUUCCAGGGAGUAGCCCUUCAAGAGGGAGGUAGAUUGUAGGGAACAGGGUCUUCAGGUUGCGAGAGGGAGGAGAAGAAUCAGCUGGAUCAUGCCAGUAAGCAUUAGAGAUCUGAACCGUCAGAUGUACGUCAGGAGUGUAGUGACACCAAACCUGACAUCUCACAAGAACAAGUUGUCUGUUGUUUCUUUCUUAAUAGUUCCUGUGCUAGACAAGUCAUGGUUUUGCUCAUCAUUGCAGGUGUAAUUGGGCCUUGAAUGCCUGUCUUCCACCUCUGAGGCAGGCGUCCUAACAUUCAGUUUAGCAGUUAAGUGUUAAUGUUGUAGCAUGAAGGCAUGUGGCGUGCUCUUCCUCUAGUCCAGAGAUCCAGCACACAGGCUGUGUUUCUCCCUCCCUGUAAAAUUCAGGAAUCCUGAAGUGCAGAUAACGUAUUUUUGACUGCAUUAAUUGGAAGAUUAUCUGUACUGCAACACUGAAUGAAUAAAAAGGUAGUGUAACACUGAAGACCAGAGCACCUGGUCCUCAUUUUCAUCAGAGGAAUUUCUGCAGCGUGUAGAUGUGGCUGUCCUAACAGCGCCAGGCAGCUAGGGGAUUCAGUUGCACUGGGCCUUGUUCAUUGUUUCCUGUUGCCUCUCCUGCCGCACUUGUAGCAUGUGCUGAAAUAGAUAAGGAUAAACUUUAACAAGGAAAUAAAUAGGGAUAGAUUUUGCCUUGCGGUAUUGUUCCCAAUAAUCUGUUGGUUCAAGAACUCCCCGAGGUGCAGGAGUCCCAGGUUCAAGUGGCUUCUCUGUUAGAUGGAACGUUGAACUACUUUGCCUCAUUUAUUGCUAGGUAAUGAUCUAUUCUGUAGAGUUUUGAGGGAAUGUCCUGAAUCCUCAGACUGAACACCUUCUACAGGACAUAGUCAUGUAUCUACUGAUCCCGGCGGCACUGGUCAGCACAGCGGUUCGAUGUGCUAAUUGUGGUUCGGAACCUAAGGCUCUGCAGGCUCUUUUACACCCACUCUAGCGUACUUUUAUCCGCUUCUUAACCUUUCAGGAGGAACCCGGCUCGAGUCUGGGGAGCAGUGCGGU